AUGUCAGCUAGAAGCGCCUCAGCGCGCAAGAGAAUCGAAGCCCACCAAAAGACAACAAAGGCCAAGGAAGCCCUUCUGCCCAUUCCUCAAGAUCGUCACUACCCCAUACCGGACUACUAUUACGAGCACUACCCUUACCAAGGUCACACCGGGUAUGAUCGCAAUGCCGACGUCCAGUCGCCUCCCAGCUCUAGUUCUCGGGACAGCUCCAUACACGGCAACAGCUGGGGCCAAGGGGGCAAUGACCAUGCUAUAAAACAGGUUGAAAGGGAGGAGAGUCGAGCCGACGGCUUGAAAAGAGGCCUGGCAAGGGCCUUCGGUAGGAAGAAGGAAAAAGACACCACGCCAGUAGUGGUAGCACGAACCUCACGUCCCGACAGCGUUGCCACUAGAAGACAACCUCAACCAUCCAUGGUCAUAGACACAAACGCCUACAGUAUGGGCGAAUACAGUCAGCAUCCCCUACCCGUUCCGCAAUCUACAAGCAGCGGCUCUCCAACCUCUCCCGCCUUUCCACGCGGCGGCCUACAACACAUGCAACCGCAGCAGCAUCCUCAGCAUCCUCAGCAUCCUCAACAUCCUCAACAUCCUCAAUAUCCUCAUCAGUUCCACAGCUUCCAGAAUGGUAGCCCCCACCCUCACCGAGCCAUUCCCCAGGGUCCGCCUAGCGCACAAUGGCCGCUUCCUCCACCAGUUACAAAACUUCCCCCCAUCCCCAGUACCAACACUCCUCCCAUGAAACGCUUCCUUGGUGGAGGCCGUCCAGCAACAAAGUGGAAUAAACUACGCCGGGAUCCAGAGCUGUGGGACCCCCACGGCGAUGUCCUGGUUUACCUGGGAUACAAGGAGAGUGGCGAGCCACCCAGCCUCCGCUUGUCAUCUCACGUCAUUGAAGCCACCAGGAAUAGGUUCCUCAUGGUAAAACUCGAUAAAAGUUUCGUAAGUGACAGCAACCUGUCAUCAGAGAGCUCAUCCUCGCCCUACUGGAACCAGUCGCGGGGCAUGUCUGAUGGCGAGGAUGGUCUGGACGGCGGCGUCUCAUUCGAGAUGCACUUCCCACCACCCCCCAAUAACAGCAUCGUCGAUACGAUACAGCACCAAAUGACGACGCGGAACAUGUUUUCCCUCGUCUUCAACAAGUCACUUGUUGGCUUCUCGCUGCAGCAGGCCCUUGUGGACUUACAUGCGCUCUUGGACCGCCAGCGUUCUUCGGGAGAGCCCGACGCCACAACCCAGCUGACAGCCUACAUUACGGCUCGUGGACUCGAUGAUGUCCGCAGUCAGCCCGACAUGGCUGUGUCCAUACUUAUAUGGUCUGAACGUCAGGGUAUUCAGUGGGCCCGAGGUUGGCGGGAGGCAUUUGUACACUGCACCGGAAUGAACCCCCAUAGCCUCGAGAGGUGUACAGACUGGAGAAAUGUCAACCCCCUGACCAAGGCCCACCUCGAGCGAUCAUGGCUCGAGAUGAGGACGCGCGUCCAGUCGGCCGAGGAGCGCCUGGGUGACUUUUCCUUUGAAGACAUGUGGUCGGGCUCCUCGGGAUCCAUGUCACCAGUAUCGGCACCGAUUGACUCACCGCGGGCCGCUGCCGAUCGCCUGCGCAACUUCCUCAUUAGCCACUACGGUCAGACGUAUGGUUCAUGGCCACCAACAAUUUCCGCCUCAGCCAGAGGUAAGGGUCAAGCUGACGGGUCCUACUCCGGCAUUGGUGAUGAUGGCGACGACGGCGACAAGGUGUGGCUCACGCGUGAAGUUGCCGGGGCACUGCAGCAAGACUUUGGGGCCCUGUACGAUUAUCUGGUGGACCGUGACAUUGCGUGGGACGUGUCGGAGGCCAGGGCAGGUCGCAAGUGGAUGAUGGCGUCCAAGUCUGGUAACAUGGCAUUUGAGGCCGACGAGCCGAAUAUGCCCAUGACGGAUAUUCUCAUCGAAUUUGACAACCGGCUCAAUAUGCCGCACAUACCACACCCGCACCCGAUGUUGCCAGAAUCAAUGCCGCCACAGGCCAUGGGAGGGAGCAGCAGGAGCAGUGGGGGCGGUAUGUUCAAAACGCACCAGCCACAGAAGCCGCAGAAGCACUCAGGGCGCGAACGCAGGCUAGCGUUGGCUUACACCGAGACGACCAACCUGGAUGCUCUAGGGAGAAGCGGGUGCCCACAGAGUGCGUUGAUGCUAGUUGAUGCCUUUUCACGCUUCGAGAAGAGUGACUGCACAGAUGAGAUUGACCCGCGGGUGGCGCGCCAGGGCCGGUGGGUACUCCUCUACGGUAUCCUGCAGGUGCUGGCGACCGUGAGCAUCGACACUCCUGGCAUCAAGUACAGUGAUGGUGUGCCGUAUCAUCUCAGCGCCAAGCUCAAGAGGCCGGCGUGGACACGGGAGCGCGGGGUGUUUGGUGAUGCGAAGCACGAGAUGUCCUAUUGCUGGUUGGCGCCUCAAAGGUGGGCCGAAGAAGGAUCAGAAGAGGACGAGGAGGACGGCGACGAAGAAGGAGAGGCCCGGUGGGGAUCUGACUACAUGGGAGAAGGAUCAAAUCGCGACAACAGCACGUUGAUCCCAACGCCCCUUCUCAGCCCUCCAGCCAUGUCGACGGCGGCAUCGGAAAGGACCGUAUCGAGUGCGCGGACGAGUUUGUGUACAGGAGUCAAUUACUCAUACCGGCACGGAAAUAGGGUCGGCGGUGGCGGUGGCACAGGCAGUGUGGGCGGUGGGGAUAGAAUGAUGGGAUCGGGGCCGCCAACACUAGAACUACCUCUGCGACAAAUAUCCAACGGUGGUGCAGAUUCACUGCAUGACGUUGUCCGGCGACAAAUUAGCACGACGCCCAGUACAUCAAGUAUGGGGUCGUUGCUGCUGGCUUUAGAGGAUCCUAAGAAAAAGUUGGGGAGGGUAUCUGAUAAUAACUACUCCGAUGGGGAUCGAAGUGGGAGCCCGGUGAUUCGGGAUUUCGAUGAAGAGCCGUGA